UUUGGUUUCUUCUGCUCGUUUCUUGUUCACGUCUGCAAGGUAGAAGGAUACUAGAACUGUCUUGUUUUUUUUUUUCGGUUAGACCAUUUUUGUGUUAUCUGCUGUGAUAUAUUUAUUAUACAUUCUACAUUGUUUGUUUACAUGUCGUGGGUCAUCCCGGAAACCAAGCGUGUGCUUAUUAAAUAUCGAUACUAAUUAUCAUCAGAGUGGGAUAAACAUAGCGCCGAGUGUUUUCUACUCUAGUUGCUGUUUCUAAAUAUAGUAACAGGAGUUUUUUAGGCAGGAAAAGAUCACAAGCGAGACUCGAGUUCCUGCUGCCGUUUUUCUUAUUCAUAAAGGAAAUAUUUCAUUGGAAUUUAAUCAUAGUCUAUUAACAGCCGGGCUAGAGAGGCCGAUUAGAAAAGACCGAUUCAGAAUAGUGCCAUUCACCAGACUCGGAUUUCUGAUUGAUUGUUGUGUUGGUGCUGGCCUCAGGUCAAAAAUAAAAAAAUCAAAAUGUCCAACUACUACAAGACGAAGACCAUACGCACCUACGUUUCUGACGGCACUGGAGCUCCUAAAGUCCAGACCAAAACGGUCACCAUCGGGGGCCCUGGAGGUAGCAGCAUCGGGUUCACCCCGUCUUCGGACUUCGGCGACUUUGGCAACUUCGGCUCAAGGGGCUUUGAUGAUUUUGGAGGUCAGUUUAAAAUUGAUUUCGGAGACAGCUUUGGGGGCAAAGGCUUUGGAUUUGAUAUCGGGAAUAAGGGCGGGUCUAGACCUUCUGGGGGUGGUAGCCGAAGCUACGUCAUCGGCGGCGGAGAUGCUGACCCUGGAAGAAGAACGGGAGGCUCCACCAUAAAAGUGGUUGCCCCUCCGACUGACCCUGACCCUCAACCCAAGCUGGCAGGCCGCCCCACUAGAGUUCUGAAGAAAAAUCCGUUUGUCGGUCUCAAGUUUCAAAACCCCGACGAGAUUAGAGCCCAGUGUUUGCGAGAAGGAAUUCUUUUUGAGGACCCUGAGUUCCCCUGUGUGGACUCGUCCAUUUUUUUCAGCAGGUCACCGCCACGACCCUUUGAAUGGAAACGCCCACACGAAAUCUGUGACAACCCACAAUGGAUCUCUCAAGGUGCCAGUAGAUUUGAUGUCCGUCAAGGGGAAUUAGGUGACUGCUGGCUCCUGGCUGCUGUUGCCUCUCUCACAUGCAACCCAAAGUUGUUUGAAAAUGUGGUGGACUCUCGACAAACUUUUACAGAAAACUAUUGUGGUCUUUUCAAGUUUAAAUUUUGGCAUCAAGGUGAAUGGCAGGAAGUGGUUGUGGAUGACAGGUUGCCAACUUACAGAAACCAAUUGGUAUUCAUGCACUCAACAGAGAAAAAUGAAUUCUGGAGUGCUCUUUUGGAGAAAGCUUAUGCCAAGUUGAUGGGCUCCUAUGAAUCUCUGAAAGGUGGAAGCACUAGUGAGGCUAUGGAAGACUUCACUGGUGGUGUGACUGAAAUGUUUGAUCUACAGAAGGCACCACCCAACCUUCUCAACAUCAUGUUGAAAGCUAACGAGCGUGGCUCCCUCAUGGGCUGCUCUAUCGAUGCUGAUCCAGGUAGAGUUGAAGCUGAACUAGCGAAUGGUCUGAUCAUGGGACAUGCUUACAGUGUUACUAGUGUUGUACUGGCUGACAUCAAGACAGCCAGGGUGAAAGGUCAGAUACCUCUGGUGAGAGUUCGCAACCCUUGGGGUAACGGCUCUGAAUGGAAAGGAGCUUGGUCUGAUGGGUCAAGAGAAUGGUCAUUGCUAACUGAAGAUGAAAAACAAGAACAUGGAAUUACAUUUUCAGAUGAUGGAGAAUUUUGGAUGUCUUUCCAAGAUUUUACUGCGAACUUUCAAAAGCUUGAAAUCUGUAACUUGGGUCCAGACUCUCUAGAUGAAGAAGAUUUGUCUAACAAGAAGAAAUGGGAAUGUUUCAAGGAACAUGGUGCCUGGAUAAAGAGAGUCAAUGCUGGGGGAUGCAGAAACUAUUUAGAUACUUUUUGGACCAACCCUCAGUUCCGUAUGACAUUGACUGAUGUUGAUGAUGAUGAUAAUGAUGAUAUGUGCACAGCCAUCGUGGCUGUUUUACAGAAGGACAGACGUAAGAAACGUAAGGAAGGUUUGGACCUACUGACCAUUGGGUUUGUCAUCUACAAGCUUGAAGAUCCCAAUUGUGGGCCUCUAGAUAUGAAAUUCUUUAAAUACAAUCCCUCAGUGGCCAAGUCUCCAACCUUUAUUAACAUGAGAGAAAUAUGUGGCAGAUUUAAGCUGCCUCCAGGCUCAUAUGCAAUUGUACCAUCUACAUUUGAACCUCAUUAUGAAGGAGAGUUUUUGAUAAGAAUUUUCACUGAAAAGGCAAAUGUCUCUGGUGAUGAAGACUCAAACAUGCCCAGACAUGGUGAAGGGAAAGAGAUUGAUGAACAGACUAGUCUUGAUGAUGAUGUUUAUGUGACUCCAGAACGUUUCCCUCAGAGGGCUGCAGCAGCUCCUGGCAAAGACGCUGCUUUCACUGCCCAGAAAGUUGCCCCUGCUAGCAACCACCCACAGGCCAAAAAUGCUCCUAAACAAAAAUAUGAACGUACUGAACCAACAGAUCAGGAAAGAGCCCAAGCUGAUGCUCUUAAACAAAGCUUCAAACGUAUUGCUGGUGAGGACAUGGAAAUUGAUGCUUACGAGCUACAGGAAGUUCUUAAUACUGUUUUUACAAAAGAAUUCCCAUUUCCUGGAUUUGGUGUUGAUACAUGCAGAAGUAUGGUGGCCAUGCAUGAUGGUGACCUAUCUGGAAAACUUGGCUAUGAUGAGUUUAAGGAUCUUUGGGAAGAUCUGAGAAGAUGGAAAGGUGUGUUCAAAGAGUUUGAUAAGGACAAGAGUGGUAAUUUGUCAUCAUAUGAGCUCAGGAAUGCUUUAAAUCAUGUUGGUUUCCACAUCAGCAAUAGAACAUUCAAAUCAUUGGUCAUGCGUUAUAGCAAUAAAAAUGGCCAGAUAGACUUUGGAGAUUUUAUCAUGUGUACCAUCAGGUUGAAGACAAUGCUCACUUCCUUCAGAGGUCAUGAUCCACAGAACACAGGUUUUGCUCCAUAUGAUAUUGACAGCUUCAUCCAAACCACAAUGUACUCCUAAAAAAAUAACAACUCAAGAAUUUGUCAGAACUAAAAAGUUCAGAGGUCAGAGAUGAUUUACUACAUCAAGAAUCAGGUGUCUUCAACUUUUUGUAUUUUUAUUUUUUCAUUUGGUUUCUUUAGACAAAUUGUAAAUCUCUUUGUGAACUCAUUUCCAUGAAUGCAUGUUGCUUCUGUAAUAAAAGUGCUUUUUUUUAUGGCUUCUUAUAUUGAAAGUUACAUUUUUUUUUAUACAUGAAUAUAUAGCAUCGAUAAUUGUUAAUUAAAAAAAAGAAAUCUCUCUUUAUAUAGGUGUUAAGUAAAUACCUCAUUGUAUAUCUAAGCCACAACUCAUAUGUAUAAGUAACUUGGUGCCUUGUUACUCAAUAUAUAAGUCAUUGACAAUUUAUUACCUAAAGAGUUGUUUUUCUUGACUGGGUUUUUAAAAACCAAGACUUUCAGUUUCCCUGUGUUCUACUUUAGAAUGUCAAUGACUUUGUCAAUCAUUUUUUUGUACAUACAACUUGGGAAAGUGGAGGUUUUUAAACCAUGUUAGUGGUCAAGAGAUAUUUUCAAAUUUAUAUCUGGCACAAAAACAUCUGUUUAAAAAUAAUUUUUUAAAAUUGCCUUAAUUAGAAUUGUUACUAAAUGUUUAAAUUGACAUCUUGUCAGUAUUUUAAUUGUAUUAUUGGACACUUCAUUUGUAAGAACUGCUUAUGAAUGUAACAUAACGAAAAAUAAAAAGAAGUACUGUUAUUACAAAUUUCCCUUCAUUUUCUUUUAGGCUUUAAGUCUACUGGAAAAAGUUAAAACACUUCUUUUUUUUUUUUUUUGGGGGGGGAGGGAGGGGUUGGGGGGAAGGAAUUGAAUUUAUACAUUAACCACUAGAAAGAAUCAUAUGUAAUCAAAUUGUUACAUUUGGAGACCAUUUACAUCUUAUGUAAAAAGACCAUAUACAGUUCUAAAUCAUAUAUAGCUCAAUAGUUAGGUUUGCUUUGAAAGAUGAACAUUUGAAAGAUUUCAUCAUUGCAAAAUUAGUUCAUUGUUUUAAUCAAUUUAAUUACCUGAGGUUUAAGUCAAAGUUAGGUCUUGGCCAAAACAUGUAAAUAGUUUGAUAACCUUCAGUGAAGAUUUAGUUGUCACUAGUUUUUGUUAUCUUGACUUGUCUCACCUGAUAUUAUCAGCUAUGUACACACUAGUCAAGGAAAUAGAUAGCAAUCAUAGGAUACAUACAAUGUUACAAAUCAUUUUUAGUUAUGUAUAUUAGCUAGCUCUCAAUGUAAUUCUGUCAACUGACAAACAUAAGUCUUUUUCUAGAUUUUGUAUUUCACAUUUCUAAAUGUUUUUCUCUGUUAAAAACUUGUUAUGGAAAUAUUUUCUAAACUUUUGUUUUUGAUUGUACAGGAAAAGGGAUAAAAUAUCAAAGUCAAAAACUAGUUUUGGAAAAGUUAAUAUUUUUUAUUCUGUUUUGUGUACACAGUUUAUAAAUAACAAAUGUUUUUAUUCUUAUGAGCUUUCAUUUAAAGUAAAUCUAUUUAUACAACUUAUUAUCUUAAUAAUUUUCAUUGACUUUUAUACUAUAAAUUUAUUGUUGUGAUAACAUAUUUGAAACCCAUAGUGAUAUAAUGAAGACGUUGCUUUUCUGUAUAUUGUUCCUUUGAUAUAUAUAUUUUUUUACAUUGAUUAAUUUUUUUCAAUAUUUAACUCUCUAGAUGUACAUUUUUGAAAAUCUCAUUCAAAAUGUUUAUGCUCUUUUUCUGUCUCAGCUCCAAUCAUUGUUUUCAUUGUUUACAUGUCUAGAAAAGAAAGAUUUCUCAAGAUGGGGUGAUAUCAUGGCUUACAUAUCAGUACUGUAAGCCAAUUAAUUGCACAACACUCCAUUCAUACUUAUUAAAUUGUGUUUCUCUUUAUUUAGUUCAGUACUGCAACCAUAAAGGCUGCAAUGGACCUUAUUAACCAAUCGUAAACAAACAACAUUUAACCAUGUGAUAAUAUUGAUAAGACAAUGAAAAAAACAUAUCAAGUGACAGCCUUUAUGGAUGAAGUAAUUUGUAUAGAAGUGAUACUCAUGUGGCUAAAUGUUGUUUGUUUACGAUUGGUGAUUGAGGUCCAUUAUGAAACUUUUUCUCAAGUCCUUUGUUUUAAUUUCCGUUCUACGCCAUGUGCAUUUAUCAAUGGAACAAUCCUUUCAGUCUUUUGGUGAUGGUCUUGAGCAAAGUAUUUUAUCCUAAAUAUUGCGUUGUUUUGUUGGUGUGCAGAGACUUGACUAAACGUUUCAUCUAUUCUGAGCUAAGAUGGCGUGUUGACUAACCUUCAUGCUUUGACUUGGACACCUUUCUGAUUUUGUUUACAUUUGACAAAUAUUGGACAGCCAAUACACCAAUCAUUUUAUAUUUAUGUGCAUAUUU